CCGCCAUUGGCGUCCUGUCAGUGGGCGCCGGGAGCCGGCGGCGGCCGCAGCGCACCGAGGGGCCGGCGCGUCGCGGGGAGAGGCCGGGGCGCCUGGGCGCGGGCUGCGGGAGGCGGGCAGGCAGCGCCGGGUCUCCCGGGAGGGCUGCCGGAGAAAGUUGCGCCAGGUUGAACCGAGCCGGUCUUAGCCCGGCCCGGCUCGGCUCGGCUCGGCCUGCCCGGCUCGGGCCCGCCCGGUGCGUCCGCGGCUGAGUGCGGCCCUGCCGCUCUGCUCCCUCCGCAGCAUGGAGUUCCAGGCCGUGGUGAUGGCGGCGGGAGGCGGUUCCCGUAUGACGGACCUGACCUCCAGCAUCCCGAAGCCGCUGCUCCCCGUGGGCAACCGGCCCCUGCUCUGGUACCCGCUGAACCUCCUGGAGCGAGCUGGCUUCGAAGAGGUCAUUGUGAUUACACGGAAGGAAAUCCAAAAGAUGUUAAACUUGGACACAAAGAUGAAGCUGGAUUUUGUGUGCAUCAGUGACAACAUGGACAUGGGUACAGCAGAUUCACUGAGGCAUAUUCACCAGAAAAUUAAGACUGAUGUCUUGGUGCUGAGCUGUGACCUGAUCACAGAUGUUGAUUUAUAUAAAGUUGUGGAUCUCUUCCGGACACAUGAUGCUACUCUUUCCAUGUUGAUGAAGAAAACUCAUGAGCCCACAGAAGUGGUACCAGGACAGAAAGGGAAAAAAAAGCCAGUGGAGCAGCGUGACUUCAUUGGAGUGGAUGACACGGGAAAACGAUUACUCUUCAUGGCUAAUGAAGCUGACUUGGAUGAAGAACUUGUCAUUAAAAGAUCCAUCCUUCAGAAGCAUCCCAGAAUGCACAUCAGAACAGGGCUGAUGGAUGCUCAUCUCUACUGUCUGAAGAAAUACGUGGUAGACUUCCUUGUAGAAAACAGGACAAUCACAUCUCUCCGGAGUGAACUGAUUCCACAUCUGGUUAGGAGACAGUUCUCUUCUCCAUCAGUUCAGCAAGGACUAGACAACAAAGAAGAGGACCAAAAGAAAAAAGAACAAGCAUCUCUAGACAUUUAUAGUUUCAUAAAAGAAGAUAAUAGCUUGCUGAAACCUGCUCCAGAUAACUCUUGUUGGAAUGAUCACAGAGGAGAUAUGAAUGAAACUCUCCACGAAGGAAAAGUGCGCUGCUACGUCCAUAUAAUGAAAGAGGGACUGUGCUACCGAGUGAAUAAUCUGGGAUUGUACAUCGAAGCUAACAGACAGGUUCCCAAGCUAUUGUUUCAUCUGGGUCUGGAAGAGCCACUGGUUCAUGGAUCUGCACAGAUCACUGACAAAGGCAUGGUUGGGUCAGACAGCAUCAUUGGAUCAUCCACACAAGUCGGGGAGAAGACAUCCAUUAAACGCUCCAUCGUCGGCAGCAUGUGUACCAUAAAAGACAAAGUUAAGAUCACAAACUGCAUCAUCAUGAAUUCUGUUACAAUCGAAGAAGGGUGCUGUCUUCAGGGCAGUGUUAUUUGCCACAACGCCGUGAUAGAGAAGGGCGCAGACAUCAAAGACUGUUUGAUUGGAAGCGAUCAGAGGCUGGAAGCCAGAGCCAAACAUGUUAAUGAAGUCAUUGUGGGCACCGAACAGCUGAUGGAGAUAUAACCCGAGUAGCUUUUAAAGAUGAUUUUAUGGAAGCCAGCAGCCGAACCAGAUGUUCAAGCGCCGUAAGAUCAUCAGUACUGGCAGGGUUUACCCUGUCAUUGCUCCUUUCCUGUUCAGCUUUGUAUUUAUGUCUUAAUAAAGAAGAAUUUCCAGA